CAAUGCAUACUUCACGUGUUUUUGCUUGCCUAUUACUACAUCUAUAUCUUGUGGAAGCCCUUGUACCAAGAGAAAAACUGGAAGUGUUCGAUUUUUCCCCUCAACUAAGUACACUAACUUUCGAAGGUUUCUCCAAAAAUUGUUCGCAACAGCUAUCUAACUAUGUCACGGAUCUCUUGGAUAUGAAGCGAUGGGCAGUAGAAAUGCAUGACGCGUCCGGAAAGUAUCCAACGGCGAAUGUGGGCGGCAACUCUUUCUCACUGGGAUCUUUUGACCAGUGUAUAAAUAUCGCUGGAGGUCCACCAGAAACUGUAAUCUCCGGCAAAUACUGCCUUGGUAAACUGUUUACGUUUUUGCAACCGAGUAUGGAUCGACCUACCUUUGAGGAUAUCACCAUUGGUAUCUGCAUACCAAGUGCGUGCACGGGCAAAGAAUUUGCAAAGUAUUAUAAGAAGAGCAAAAUGGUAUCCGUAUCGGAGGAUUCUUGUCAAACUAAAAAAACUCAUUUCCAAUUAGACGUUGGAACCAAAAUUGUUUUAACUUUUUUUACUCUCUGGAUUUUAUGGGUAAUAUUCUCCACGAUUUAUGACAUAGUAAUUCAACAUCUGAACAAGGAGCCUUCGCAUUGGUUAUUGGUUUCCUUUUCCUGUUACACAAACGCCAAGAGGCUUUUUGAUAUAACCACAGACGAAACUGAGAUCACCUGUUUACGUGGAAUGCGGGUGUUAACGAUGAUAUGGGUCAUUGUAGCGCAUCACCAUAUGCUUGCUUAUACUUUGCCACAAAGGAAUAACUACAAAGGGGAGUUUUUCGCAACGCAUAUUACACAGGGUAUAGUGGCCACUGGAUCCGAGGCUUCGGUCAAUACUUUCUUUUUGUUGAGCGGAUUGACUUUGUCCUAUGUUUUCAUGAGAAAAACAGGCAAGCUAGGGAAGUUCAAUCUAUUGGCGUUUUACAUUCACAGAUACGUUAGAUUGACACCAACGCUGGGUGUCAUUAUUCUUGUUUAUGUCUUCUUAUUGAAGCAUAUGGGAUCCGGACCCUUGUGGUCCGAAAUCGUUGGACGAGCAUCUGGCGCUUGUGAGAGAAACUGGUGGAAAACCUUGCUGUAUAUUCAAAACUUUGAUCACCCCGAUGGCAUAGUAAGUAGUUUAACAGGAUCGCCUUAACCUAAGGAAUGCUUGUAAAAAACAAAAUUGACAUUCCUACCUCGGUAUCAAAAAUUGUGCCGUUUAUUAGAAAAUGUUUGGAAUCAAGUUAGCAACGGGAAUUUCCAGCAACGUAACCCCAACCAGUAUAUACAUUAAUUAUUCUUUGGAAUCACCAUUGUAUAUACACCA